UAGUAGUAGUUUUGGUAUAAUUGACUGUAUUCUAACUUGUUUAUUUAUAUGGAGCAUAUGUAUUUAUCACAGAUUACUCGAUGAUAUGAACGCUGUUAUCUUUCUGUAUCUUCUGCCUGCAGUAGCUGAACUCUGCCGGCAGGGGGCCUUCUCCAAUUGUAAACAACAACCAAAGCUCCUCUGUAUCUGACAGGAGGUCUCACUUCGAGCAAAAUAAAAUAGUACCUCAAAAUUGAGAGAUUCUGCGGAGUGUGACCCCCUCCUCUGAGAGACUCUGCACGGAGUGAGACCUCCUCCUCUGAGAGACUGACUGAGACCUCCUCCCUCUGAGAGACGGACCUCCUCCCUCUGAGAGGCGGAGUUAGACCUCCUCCUCUGACAGCGGCUCCACUACGUCAGGUCUCCCCGGGUGAAGAUGUCUGCCUCGGGUACAGGCUGCGGACCCGCCUCGGGACCCGGGUGCGGGGCUUCAAACCCCCGAAAGUUUAGCGAGAAGAUAGCGCUGCACACCCAGCGACAGGCCGAGGAGACGGCCGCCUUCCAGGAGGUCAUGAUGGACAUCACCUCCACCAGGCUGCAGGCCCAGAAGCUGCGUCUGGCCCGGAGUCAGGGGCCGUAUUACGGGGGGUCUCUGCCCAACGUCAACCAGAUCGGGAGGAACCAUCAGGACCACUUCCAGGGCUCCUUCCCCUCCUCCCUGGAAUCGAACCGCUCCACGCGGCACCACGGUCUGGUGGAGCGCGUGCAGAGAGAUCGUGGCUUCGUGUCUCCGGUGCGACCGUACCGCCGGCAGGUGGACAGCUCUCCGUAUAACUCCGCCUACCUGUCCCCGCCUCCGGACCCCAGCUGGAGAAGGAAUUGGUCUGGAAACUUCCCCGGGGAUAAAAGCCAGUUGUUUCGUCUCCCCGUCACUGCACUCAACAGGACUAACUCUGACUCGGCGCUCCACACCAGCGUGAUGAACCCCCCCCAAGGAGACCCCUUCUCCACAGGGGGGCCCCUCCAGAGCAGCAGACGCUCAGGGCAGAGCGAUGGAGAGGGCAGACGAAUGUUUCCGUACCCGGUGCCCCCCAUCGAAGAGAACAUGCUGGAUGAGGGGAAGCUACUCAAGCCCUGGGACACCAAGAAGUUGCCUCUGUUGUCGUCCCGGCCAAAAUCCUGUGAAGUCCCUGGCAUCAACAUCUUCUCGUCUCCGGAGCAGCCGUCCCCCCCCCCGGUGCACGGCGUCCCGGCGUCUCUGAACACCGGCGGCUCGCUGCCCGAUCUCUCCAGCCUCCACUUCCCGUCGCCGCUGCCCACGCCGCUGGACCAGGACGAGCCCUGUUACCCAGGAUGCACCUCUCUGAGCGGGGGCAGCAGCACGGGGAACCUAGCCUCCACCCUCACGCAGCUGGGCAUCAACGCCGCCAACGCUCAGGGCGGAAACGCCAACUUCCACCACCACACGCCAGGUCUGAUGGCGUCUCUGCAGACGACUCUUAGCAACCCCUCCCUGCAGUCGUCGCUAAGCAACCCCAACAUCCAGUCGUCGCUCAGCAACCACUCCUUCUCCAACUCUCUGAGCUCCGCCUCCCUGCACUCGUCGCUCAGCAACCCCUCGCUGCAGUCUUCGUUAAGCUCCUCCCCUUCGCUGCAGUCCUCCCUCAGCAGCCAAUCGCUGCACUCCUCCCUCAGUAGCUCCUCCCUGCAGUCGGUGUCCAGCGGUAACCCCGGAUACGGCGGCGGAGGCUCCUCCUCUUUCUCGCCGUCGCUAAGCACAUCGCCACGGAGACGGGCGCAGCUCUCCCCCCUCAUCCUGCCCCUGGGGGGGGACUCCCGGAGGCAUCACUCCAAGCAGUUCUCCCCCACCAUCUCCCCCACGCUGUCCUCCAUCACACAGGGCGUCCCUCUGGACACCAGCAGACUUCCUCUGGACCAGCGGCUCCCUCCAUACCCGCUCAGCCAGUCCCAGCAGCACCCUCAGGGCUCCCAGCAGCACCAGCAGCACCAGCAGGGCUCCCAGCAGCACCAGCAGCACCAGCAGGGCUCCCAGCAGCACCAGCAAGGCUCCCAGCAGCACCAGCAGCACCAGCAGGGCUCCCAGCAGCACCAGCAGGGCUCCCAGCAGCACCAGCAGCACCAUCAGCUCCACCUUCAGAAUCUCCGCAACUCUCACAACCAGCAGCUGCAGCACUUCAGCUCAGCGGAGCAGCAGCAGCAGAGGGCGAUGGGGCAGCAGAUGAACUCGGGGAACGCUCAGCUGAUAAAGAACGAGCGGCAGAUGGAUCCGUGUCUUCAGGUCGCUCAGCGUCACGUCAAACAGGAAGUGGAGCAGCAGAGAGCCGGCGGCCCCCCCCACCUCCAGCAGAUCAGCCACAGCCUCGCCACCGACCUCUACAACGAUGCCUUGUUCAACUCUCUGCUGGACGACCCCUAUCUGAGUCUGCAGCUCACGGGCAAAUCCAACCAGCAGUUUUCCGCAGAGAGCCAGGGCGACUGUCUCUCUCUGAACCACGCUCUGAGCUCCGAUAAGAACCAGUUCCCCUGCAACAGCCAGGGGCCUCUGGACCUGCAGGACCCCCAGAACCAGAACUACUGCGGGGGGGACGGCCGCCACAACGUGCCCAACAUCAUCCUCACCGGAGACUCCCCCCCUGGCCUCUCUAAAGAGAUCACCAGCGCUCUGUCUCACGUCCCGGGCUUCGAGAUGGACCCCUUCUCUCUGGACGACCCGCUCCGGAUGGACCCUCUGGCUCUGGACAUGCUGGACGGGGAUCUGAUGCUGGCCGACCCCGCCGUGGAGGACUCCUUCAGAUCCGACCGCUUCAAGUGAGGAGGAGGAAACCCACGAGAGACGCUCAGCAGAGCCAGGUUUGGGAGUCAAACCUCCGAGGACUUUUCUCUCCUGGACCAUCAAAGGCACUUAACUCAAAAAAAGCUCUCGCAACGCUUGAAGUCAAGAAAAACCCGUUGCUGUGUCUCGAUUCGCGUACUUCUGUUCGUCUUACACCAGCUGAUUAGUGCGUCCCAAUGCGAAGUAUAGCAAAAUGCACUGAGAGUACCGGAUGGAGCUGGUCACAUGUCACGCUCAACGACAACCGCCAUCUUGGCUACGUAGCUGAAGCCGCGAAUGAUCCGGUGAACAAAGCACUGUACAAACAAAUAUAUACGAUAUGACUUCACUAUUCAAAAACAUACGACAAUACUGUGGUCAAAAAAAGAAGCAAUCCCUAAGGAAUAAGUCCUCGCACACAGGCGUGAGUCAGCAUUUUAGCACUUCCUGUCCCCUUAUCUGGAAGUCAAUGGUUUUAUUGAAUUAGUUUUUGGUAAGAUGCCUGAAAUAAGGGCGUAACGUACCACGAUACUCGUGUCCAAAAGAAGCCCCGUUCAUUAUCUGGGUUCAGCAGCCUGUAAGGAUCUGGUAGCUCAAACAAUCGUUGCUAACUAGCUAGCUUGCUAAUAACAGCGUUCUGAAGGAAGUAUCCGGAUUGAGACACAGCGCUUCUCUUAUUGUUACGGCAUUAGCUUGUACGAUCUGCAUGUCAAUGGAAAAUGCACUCGCUUAAAAUGCAAAAAGAAAACAUGUCAGCUUUAUGUAAAAGAAAAAGAAAAGUCUGUAAAACCAGCAGUGCUUGUUAGAUCGAGAAAAUAAAAUAUGCAUCGUGAUGAUCGGUCCGACUGUUGCAGGGACGCGUGCGCCGGAUAUUUCAGGUUCAGCUUCCUCCGCUUUAUCCGCCACUUUGACAGGAACUCAGCCAUGACUCAGAGGUCUGUAUAUUUUUUUUAAAUGAAAGCUUUCCCUGCUCCGACAGUCCUCAGAAUAAAAGAGGGUCCGGUCGGUCGGUGGAGAGCAGGUUAAAGGUGUGUUCAGUGUGAAGCCCCCGAUAUGCUGCUGCUUCUCAAGUGACUUAAUCAUGAUGUCGCCCCCCCCCCCCCC